AUGAGAGGCGUCACUGGGCACCUGAGCCUCGGAUCGCCGCCAGCACGACUGCCAGCGCUGGCUUCGGGAGGUGGCCCUCGCCACUUUCAGGUACGAGUAGCGCAGAUACCUGAAAAAUGUCUGAAAACUCCAGUGACAGUGAUUCAUCUUGUGGUUGGACUGUCAUCAAUCAUGAGGGGUCUGAUAUAGAGACAGUGAAUUCUGAAAAUGUAGCAAAUGAAAGCCCUGUGUUUGCAUCAGAAGAGUAUACAGCUUUAGUGCAGGAGAUACAUCAGGAACAGCCUUUAGAUCAAGAAGGUAAAGGAAAUAACGAAGGUGGUACCGAGUUAAUGGGAGAAACUACAUAUCAAGCUUUGGAAGAAGCUAAUUCAGUUCUUGAGACAGAGAGAGAAAAGUUACCUGAUGACAAUGUUUAUUUUGGGGCUAUCAGCGAUGAUUCUGACAUUGUUACCCUUGAACCACCUAAGUUGGAAGAAAUUGGAGCACAAGAAGAAGUUACAAUUAUUAAGGACAUUCAGAGUCCUGAAGAUUUUAACUUAGGUUCUUCCUCUAGUAGCCAGUAUACAUUUUGCCAGCCAGAUACUGUGUUUCCAUCUCAGCCUACUGAUGAUGAGUCAAGUAGUGAUGAAACAAGUCAUCAGCCCAGUCCUGCUGUGAGAAGACGACGUGCUAGAAAGAAGACAAUUUCUUGUUCAGAAUCUGAGGAUAAGCCACCUAAUGAACAUGAGUCUGACUCUCCCAAGGAAGAAGUGCCUCAGCGCCCCUUCAGUAGUGGCCUCAACAAAUGUAUUAUACUAGCUUUGGUGAUUGCAAUCAGCAUGGGCUUUGGACAUUUCUAUGGUACUAUUCAGAUUCAGAAACGUCAAGAACUAGUCAGAAAGAUACAUGCUGAAGAAUUGAAUGGAAUGAAGGAUUAUCUUUACCAGUGUCAGCAGGAACAAGGUUCUUCUGGUGAUAAGUCGCUUAAAGAAAAUCUUGCAUCAUGUUUGAAGCUUACUGAGGUAGAGAAGAUAGCCUUUGAAACACAGAAGAAAAGCCUUGCUACAGAAAACCAGCAUUUAAGAAUGUCUCUGGAGAAGGAAGAAAAAGCUUUGUCGUCCUUACAGGAAGAGUUAAGGAAACUUAGGGAACAAAUUCGGAAUUUAGAAGAUAAAGAAACAAGUACUGAAUUGAUAGUUUCUGAAAACCAAAAACUUAAACAGCAUUUGGAAGAGGAAAAGCAGAAGACUAAUAGCUUUCUCAGUCAGAAAGAGACCCUCUUGGCAGAAGCACAGAUGCUAAGGAAGGAACUAGAAAAAGAACGACAAACGACCAUUGCCUUAAGGGAAGAACUGGACCUUUUAAGCAGUCAGCAAUCAGCAGGUGAUGCAGACUCUCCCAAUUCUUUGACUGAAAAUAAAGAAAUAGAAAUUUUACGAGGAAGACUAACAGAAUUGGAAUGGAAACUAAACUUUGAACAACAACGAUCUGAUUUAUGGGAGAGAUUAUAUGUUGAAGCAAAAGAUCAAAGUGGAAGACAAGAAAACAGUGAAAAAAAUAAAGGUAGCAAGGGAACUAACAAGGCUAAGAAGUCUAAAGAGACCUUGUUUGGUUCAGUUAAAGAAACUUUUGAUGCCAUGAAGAAUUCAACAAAGGAGUUUGUAAGGCACCAUAAAGAAAAGAUUAAACAGGCUAAAGAAGCUGUUAAGGAAAAUCUGAAAAAAUUUUCAGAUUCUGUUAAGUCUACCUUCAGCCAUUUCAAAGAUACCACCAAAAAUAUUUUUGAUGAAAAGGGGAAUAAAAAAUUUGGAGAUAAAAGAGAUGAAGCAACUAAAAAAGCAAAAACUGUUUAUCGUGAAUAUUUGCAUCCGCAACCUAGACCACAUUCCAAAAACACACAUCAUAAAAGCCCCACCAUGGCAAGAUCAGGAAGAAAACAAAAGUCAGUUCAGUUUGAAACAUUUGGGAAGAACACAAAUUCCCCGAAGUGCAGCAUGAGUCAAGAUUCAGCAAGAAAUUACCACUUUUUAAAAAACCCUUCUGAUUUUCUUGAAUGUGGACAUCAGGAAAAACCACCAGUUCAGUUUGAAACACUUGGUAAACACACAAAUCAGAAAGGCACUACUGAUAAAGACUGUGUGAAAAAUUAUCACCGUCUAACAAAAGGCUGUUCGGGGGUUUUUGAAUGUGCUCAUCAGGAAUCUAUUAGCCUUUUCAACAGAGUAUUAGACCCUGUAAGAAUAGAUGAAUUUUAUCAGUUAAUGCAAAGAUAUGUGCAGCAAGAAGUAAGUGACUUCCAUCAUUGGGGAGAAUUACAGCAAUUCAUCAAUAAGUUUUUCCAUAACAGUGUCUUUAUUCAUGAUCAGAUGUUGUUCACUGACUUUGUUAAUGAUGUUAAAGAUUAUCUUGAAGACAUGAAGGAAUAUCAAGUAGAUAAUCAUGGAGUGUUUGAGGAUUUGGAUGACUAUAUAUAUAGACAUUUCUUUGGUGACACAUUUUAUCCUCAGUAUGGACCCAGUCGCCCUGAUAAAAAGCAUCGUAUGGUUAAUAUUGAAAACUCCAGGCAUCGAAAACAAGAGCAGAAGUACCCUCAGCCACAGCAUUAUAAGAGGGAAGGUAAAUGGCAUAAACAUGGUCGAAGUAAUGGAAGACACACGGCAAAUCUUGAAAUAGAGUUGGGGCAGUUACCUUUUGACCCAAAAUAUUGAACAUGAUUAAGUAAAUUAGAUGUGGAUGUUCUCUAUUCUGUUCAGUAUUGAAAACUAAAACUGAAGUUACAAAGAAGUCAAUGUCUUUCAUCUCUAAUUAUCAGUUUGGUGAAUUUUAACAUUGUUAACUCAAAAGCAUCCAUAAAAGCUUACUAACUUGCAUUUUCUUUGUAGUUUAGCUCUGCUGAAUACUUUUUGGCAAUGGAAAUAAGUUUGGUUGUAGUUUUACCAUUAGAGAAGCCAGGCAUGCAAUAGGUUUUGUGCAUGAAAUGAAGUUUCCUUUCGUUUUAAGGUAAGACAAGCUCAAGUCAUAUAUGACAAAGUAUAAUUAACACUGAUAUUUGUUAAAUCUGAUAUUGAGCUGCCUCGGAAAAAAUACAUUGUGAUGGAAUUUCAUCUCUGUUAAUGUUUUAUAAACUUGCUUCUUGUCUUUUCUUUGGGUUUAAAAGCCCAUUGACUUGUGAAGAAUUUGCUGCCUUCUUAACGAGCUUGCUGACUUGUUCAUUUGUGAAAUUUCUUGCACACAUGAAUAUUGUGGAAGGAAAAAAUAAAACUACACCAUGGGGAAAAAAGGUCUUUAUUGACAAUGUAGCAUUGUUAAGUAUGUGGUUUAACUGUUGUUCUAAGAAAAUGUCUUUGAUUAUUCCCUCAUCAAAAGAGAGAUCAUAUAGUGUCAGUUGGCAAGAGUGGCUCAUAUUGUUUGUUGCUUACUAUUUCUAUAAAACUUGUCCAAUUUUUUAAAGAAUCCAAAAGUUUCAAUAUUUUCACAAGUAAAUGCAAUUCUUCAAGAAAGAUAUAGUAUGUUUUGAAAUCUCAUUUUAAGCUUUUAAAUUUUACUUCUUUUCAUAAAUAUAUAUAUGGCUUCCAGUUCGGCCCUCGGGCAAGUGAGUGUGGAAGAUAACAGCAGUUCUCUUGUAGCCAUGUGUACUUAGAAAGGUCUUUAUUUCCUAUAAAUGUACAAUUUUAAAAAAAGUUACUUUAAGUAUAGGAUCACAUUUUAAUUGAAGAUUUCUAAAGAAAUUUAUUUUAGUUGCUUAGUUAUAUUAAUCUGGUUUAUUUUUUUUAACAACUUGUAAAUUAUAAUAACCAAGUUAGCUAAUCAAUUGAUUUGAUAAAAAAAAUGAAAUUCCAAGGAUUUGAAUUGGAUUACUGUUAAGAAGGGGGAAAAACCAAAUUAAAGCAAUUUGGAUGAGGUAUGACAGCAUUUUAAAUACCACCUAUAUCAGUGGAAGUUUGAGACAAAUAUAACUUGGAAGUUUCCAAAAGUUAUCUUAUCUUUUACUUACCUCUUCUAAAACACUGAAGAUGAUUAAGUGAGUAGGCAAUAAUGUAUUAUUGGAAAACUCUUGAUUUAGCCAACUUAAUGGAUUUAAGUAAAAUUUAUCUGCUUCAUCAAGAUAAUUCUCUUUUCCAUUCAAGUCUGGGGGACACUGAAGAAAUCUCAUCGGAAGUGGACAAUGUACAUGGCUGUGGGG